AUGAGUACCACUACAGAACACAUCCACUGUCUAGGUUAUGAGUACCACUACAGCAUCCCUAUAGAACGCAUCCACUGUCUAGGUCAUGAGUACCACUACAGCAGCCCUACAGAACACAUCCACUGUCUAGGUCAUGAGUACCACUACAGCAGCCCUACAGAACGCAUCCACUGUCUAGGUCAUGAGUACCACUACAGCAGUCCUACAGAACGCAUCCACUGUCUAGGUCAUGAGUACCACUACAGCAGCCCUACAGAACACAUCCACUGUCUAGGUCAUGAGUACCACUACAGCAGCCCUACAGAACGCAUCCACUGUCUAGGUCAUGAGUACCACUACAGCAGUCCUACAGAACGCAUCCACUGUCUAGGUCAUGAGUACCACUACAGCAGCCCUACAGAACGCAUCCACUGUCUAGGUCAUGAGUACCACUACAGCAGUCCUACAGAACGCAUCCACUGUCUAGUUCAUGAGUACCACUACAGCAGCCCUACAGAACACAUCCACUGUCUAGGUCAUGAGUACCACUACAGCAGCCCUACAGAACACAUACACUGUCUAGGUCAUGAGUACCACUACAGCAGCCCUACAGAACACAUCCACUGUCUAGGUCAUGAGUACCACUACAGCAGCCCUACAGAACGCAUCCACUGUCUAGGUCAUGAGUACCACUACAGCAGCCUUACUGAACACAUACACUGUCUAGGUCAUGAGUACCACUACAGCAGUCCUACAGAACGCAUCCACUGUCUAGGUCAUGAGUACCACUACAGCAGCCCUACAGAACGCAUCCACUGUCUAGGUCAUGAGUACCACUACAGCAGUCCUACAGAACGCAUCCAAUGUCUAGGUCAUGAGUACCACUACAGCAGCCUUACAGAACACAUACACUGUCUAGGUCAUGAGUACCACUACAGCAGCCCUACAGAACACAUCCACUGUCUAGGUCAUGAGUACCACUACAGCAGCCCUACAGAACGCAUCCACUGUCUAGGUCAUAAGUACCACUACAGCAGUCCUACAGAACGCAUCCACUGUCUAGGUCAUGAGUACCACUACAGCAGCCCUACAGAACGCAUCCACUGUCUAGGUUAUGAGUACCACUACAGCAUCCCUAUAGAACGCAUCCACUGUCUAGGUCAUGAGUACCACUACAGCAGCCCUACAGAACGCAUCCACUGUCUAGGUCAUGAGUACCACUACAGCAGCCCUACAGAACGCAUCCACUGUCUAGGUCAUGAGUACCACUACAACAGCCCUACAGAACACAUCCACUGUCUAGAUCAUGAGUACCACUACAGCAGCCCUACAGAACGCAUCCACUGUCUAGGUCAUGAGUACCACUACAGCAGCCCUACAGAACACAUCCACUGUCUAGGUCAUGAGUACCACUACAGCAGCCAUACAGAACGCAUCCACUGUCUAGGUCAUGAGUACCACUACAGCAGCCCUACAGAACAUAUACACUGUCUAGGUCAUGACUACCACUACAGCAGCCCUACAGAACGCAUCCACUGUCUAGGUCAUGAGUACCAGUACAGCAGCCCUACAGACCACAUCCACUGUCUAGGUCAUGAGUACCACUACAGCAGCCCUACAGAACGCAUCCACUGUCUAGGUCAUGAGUACCACUACAGCAGCCCUACAGAACGCAUUCACUGUCUAGGUCAUGAGUACCACUACAGCAGCCCUACAGAACGCAUCCACUGUCUAGGUCAUGAGUACCACUACAGCAGCCUUACAGAACACAUCCACUGUCUAGGUCAUGAGUACCACUACAGCAUCCCUACAGAACGCAUCCACUGUCUAGGUCAUGAGUACCACUACAGCAGCCCUACAGAACGCAUCCACUGUCUAGGUCAUGAGUACCACUACAACAGCCCUACAGAACACAUCCACUGUCUAGAUCAUGAGUACCACUACAGCAGCCCUACAGAACGCAUCCACUGUCUAGGUCAUGAGUACCACUACAGCAGCCCUACAGAACACAUCCACUGUCUAGGUCAUGAGUACCACUACAGCAGUCCUACAGAACGCAUCCACUGUCUAGGUCAUGAGUACCACUACAGCAGCCCUACAGAACACAUCCACUGUCUAGGUCAUGAGUACCACUACAGCAGCCCUACAGAACACAUCCACUGUCUAGGUCAUGAGUACCACUACAGCAGCCCUACAGAACACAUCCCCUGUCUAGGUCAUGAGUACCACUACAGCAGCCCUACAGAACACAUCCACUGUCUAGGUCAUGAGUACCACUACAGCAGUCCUACAGAACACAUCCACUGUCUAGGUCAUGAGUACCACUACAGCAGCCCUACAGAACACAUCCACUGUCUAGGUCAUGAGUACCACUACAGCAGCAAUACUCAACAAGCAGAUGCAGCUGCUUUCAUCUAUUCAGUCCAAUUCAAUAACUCAUGA